AUGCCGCCACCCGGCUUAGAAGGGCAGGGGGGCCCCCGCACCCUCGGCGGAGGGGGCCCCUUCGCAGCAGGAGCAGAGGCAGACGACCCCCUCGUGUUGCUGUCGCUGCCGCCUCCUUCAUCCCUAUGUCGUUUCUUGCCUCUGCUGCAGCAGUACGCUGCAGCUGCUGCUUCUUCUGCUGCAGGGAAAGGCAGCAAGCAACCGGCAGGAGCGACUGCAGCAGGCAGCAGGAGCAGCAGCAAGCAGCACCCCUCUUAUAUGGAUAUUAACCCAGCUGAUGCUGCCCCCCUCACCAAGAUAUCUCCUUCUCUUCUACCUGAAGGCUUGCGGCGGCUCUUCCAGCGGGACGCGCAGCAGCUAGCUACAGACAAGCAGCAGCUGGCCACGGUGACGCGGUCUCGUGAUAGCAUCCGCCACCUAACGUAUACAGCGCAUGUAUCAGAGCUUCCCCCUGGCUCGGCUGCGGCAGCGGCAGCAGCAGCGGCAGCAGCAACAGAGCGGCACAUGCGGCGACGCAUGCAGCAGCAGCAGCAGCAGCAACAACUGCUGCACCAGGCCGGGGGAGGACGGCAUUCUAUUGCAUCUAUACGUGCAGCAGCAGCAGCAACAGCAGCAGUAGCAGCAGGAGCAGCAGCACCGUGGCAGCCAUGGCCUGCAUUUGCAUGCGACCUAGCGCAUGCAGACACUCCUGCUGCUGCUGCUGUUGAUACUGCUGCUGCUCAGCCCGCCUUCACCUCGUCGGGGCCUUCAGAAGCAGCUGGCUCAGAAGCAGGCUCUCAAGCAGCAGCUGCUGCUGCAGCAGCAGCAGCAAAUGAAGAACAGCAGCAGCACCACCACCACCAAUCAGCUGGCCUAGCAGCCGUAACGACAGAGGCAGUGCAACAACUCGAGCAGCAAGAAUCAAAGCUGUGGGAGUGGUGUUUUGCAGCAGCAAACUCCAGCUGCUGCAGCACCCAGACAACAACAGGGGGCCCCCUAGGGGGCCCCUCCGGGGGCCCCGCAGUGGGCUUCUCUGCAGCUGCGUCCAGCAUAAAAGAUGAUACCACUUUGGGGUGUAUACGCAGGAUAUCUGCCUCUCCAAAGCAAUGGGCAUCAGUGCUGCUGCAGGUUGCUGCUGCUGUGCCCGCACAGAAAGCAGCAGCAGCAGUAGCUGCUGCUGUUGCUUCCUUGGGGGAGCAUGCAGGCGAUGGCGCAGCCGCAGAGGAGCGUGAGCGUGUGUUACAUUCAGUACGUCAGUGUACAGCAGCAGCAACGGGAACAGCUGCAGCAGCAGCAGCAGCAGCAGCAGCAGCUGUCAGCCCCACGCGGAUCCUUAUGCAAGAAGCCCAGAGACUACGCCAAUGCUUCCUAUGCAGCUGUUCCUUCGGGCUUAGCCUCGAUGAGCAGCAGCAGCAGUAUUAUCUCCGCGAUGCCGUCGCUGUUGUGCUGAAGCGACAGCAGCAGCAACAGCAAGAACAACUUGCUGCUGCUAUCGUGGCCGCCGUUGCGCCAGCACUGCGCUUGGCAGCGGCACUUGGAGGCAACAGCUGCAGCAACAGCAACAGCAGCAGCAACAGCAGCAACAACAGCAGCAGCAGCAGCAGCCAAAGUAGCAGCAGCAGCAGCUGCAUGGACGUUGAAGGGGCAACAGCAGAGAAACAAGAAGUGGUGUUGCAGGGUCUUGCUGCAGCUGCAGCAGCAAUUUCUACUGCUCCGUUGUUGCGUCUAGCUGAGAUGCAGCCUGCAGACAAGUUCUGUGACAGCAGCAGCAGACAGCAGAAGCAGCGAGAGCAGCAGAAGGAUGACGCAGCAGCAAAGCAGCAGAAGCAGCAACCCAAAUAUGCACAGUUGAGUUCAUGCAUCGGGACGCAGCCUGCUGUCUUAUCUGUUGCAGUUGAAAUAGAAUCAGAAGCACUGCUGCAGCAAUCUGAAGGCGGAUUUCCGGCUUCUGCAGCUGCUGCUGCCGAGGAUCGCGCAGCUAGCGCAGGAGAUGCAGCAGCAGCAGAAGCAGCAUACAGGAGCCUUGUAAGCAUGGAAAUGGCUGACGGGGAGCUUGAGCCGCUGCAGCAAGAAAUGCUGGCGCUGCUGCGGCAGCAGCUUCCUGCCCCUAAGCAGCAGCGUGCAGUUGCAGCAACAGCACCAGCAGCACCUGCUGGUGCUGAUGCAACCACGGCAGCUGCAACAUCAGCUCCCCAGCAGCACGACCACAGGGGUGUUGGUGAUGGAUAUGAAUAUUCUGCUUCUGUUGUAGCGCGCUGUGAUUUGACACUGCAGCGCAUCGUGCCCCCCGAUAUUGUAUACUUACACCGGGACUGCUAUCUGCAGCACAUGCAGCAGCAGUCUGCGUUCUUUCAGCUGCUGCUGCUGCUGCUGCUGCUCCGGUGGUCGGACACACAGGAAAACAGGGAGGCUUUGCUGGCUGUGGGGCGUCUGCUACUUCAUUUGCUGCAGCAGCAGAACAACAGCAGCAGCAGCAGCAGCAGCAGCACCAGAAAGCGACAGCAUCUCCCUCUUCUACCGGAGCAGAGCAGACAGCAUAUGCUGAUUGCAUUUGCAUUUCCCUUUUGUCUCCUUGGAGACAAUUGA